AUGUUGACUUUGGAAUGGGAAUCGGAGGGUCUGCAAACAGUGGGCAUUGUUGUGAUAAUCUUUGCAUCUCUGAAGCUGCUGCACUUGCUUGGACUGAUAGACUUCUCCGAAGACAGCGUCGAAGAUGAAAUCGAAAUGGCCACUGUGCGACAUCGGCCAGAAGCCUUGGAACUGCUGGAAGCCCAGAGCAGAUUCACAAAGAAGGAACUUCAGAUUCUGUAUCGGGGGUUCAAAAACGAGUGCCCCAGUGGGAUUGUUAAUGAAGAGACCUUCAAAGAGAUUUACUCUCAGUUCUUCCCACAGGGAGAUUCUACAACGUAUGCACAUUUUCUGUUCAAUGCAUUUGACACAGAUCACAAUGGAUGUGUGAGUUUUGAGGAUUUCGUUAUGGGCCUUUCCAUUUUGCUCCGUGGGACAGUGCAGGAAAAACUCAACUGGGCUUUCAAUUUGUAUGAUAUAAACAAAGACGGCUGUAUAACAAAAGAGGAAAUGCUUGAUAUAAUGAAGGCCAUCUAUGAUAUGAUGGGGAAAUGCACGUACCCUGUUCUUCGGGAGGAUGCUCCAAAACAACAUGUGGAAUCGUUUUUCCAGAAAAUGGACAAGAACAAAGACGGUGUAGUUACCAUCGAUGAAUUCAUUGAAAGCUGCCAAAAAGAUGAAAACAUUAUGCGUUCCAUGCAACUCUUUGAAAAUAUAAUUUAACCUCAAGCAGCUCUCCCUUCAAUCAGUGGGCAACGUGAGCAAUUCUGCAGCAACCCGUCUCCCAAGGUUGCCGCGUAGGAAUCAAGACUUGUCAGCUUUGCACUGAGAUGCCUAUAAUGCAAAUAAGCUUUUGUUUAAUUAAAAGCCUACCUUUGGAGACUGUGUUUUUCCACUCGCCGAGGUGAAGCGAAGAAGUCAUUCAGCAAAUACUCUGGUAGUUGUUUUCCAAAUGUCAUUUGAGUCACAGAACAAUCCAAAGAAAACAGCAAUAGGGAAACCGCGUUUAUUGUCCUUCCAACUUGCACAGCGGAGGUCUUGGAGGGAUGGGAAGGGGGGGGGAGGGAAAGGCGAGCUUUUUGGUUACUAUGACUUUCCACAGCGUCAGCUCUUGAGUUCCACAGUCCCUGCUCUGGGAAACUCAUCCGAUGUCAUUCUCAGCGUGAGGGGGCACUUUUGACCGUUGCACUUCAAGGGGAAUCCAUCCAAGGGGCAGUUGGAGGCUUCGUGCAAUCUGUUAGGGGUCUCAGAUGCUGGCUUCCUAUGGGGCCACUGUGAGGAAUGGGGCAACCAACAUUGCUUCCAGGCUCUCCCCAUUGGGGGUGGUGGUAAAAAUACCUCUCUCCAUAAUGGACCGGCACAUGGAGUCUAGUCUAGCCUGAGAGGAAUUAUCAGAUUCCUUCAUUUUAAAUUCAAGAACUAUACUUUUUAUAACAGCUUUUCUUGUGCAAAAAAAAAGUAUUAUUUAACCACUGCCUAUGAUACAUUUAUUCCUUUGACAAAUUUACUGAGACAGUGAACAUCCAGGCGGUAAUUCAGAGAAAAGUUUGGGCUUCUCAGUCAAAGGUGGGAAUUAAUUGAUCCUGCCAGUUCUUGACUGGAAAUGAAGAUGGAAGUGAAAGCGAAGGCUGAUGAGGUAACCAGUAAGAGAGGCUCAGUCACACUCCCAGUGAGGUGCCUGCUCGAAACAUGGACCAGGUCACAAUUAUGACAAUUGAGUGUCAUUUAUAUGAAGGAUUUUUCUUCUCUGGUUCCAAGACCAAAGUAAGAUUGGAACUUUAUUAGCAUGACUACUUAGAAGGACCUGUAGAUUUUUCAGGAGCCACAAUUCCUACUAUUCACAGCGUGAAAAGCGGAGGGAGAGAGAGAGGGUUCUGUGAAGGACAGAAAAUUCGCAGAAAAAUGAUUUGAACAAAGAGUAAAUUUGCCACAGCCUUUAAAAGUCACCACGGAGAAAAAAAAUACAAGUGCACAAUAUGAGAGAGGGAGA